AUGGCUUUCCUCGAUCACCCCUCUCUCCUGGUCUUAGUUCUGGUUCUGUCACCGGUGUCCUGCAUCGGCUGUCCAUCGGGCUGCCGCUGCUACAGCCUGACUGUAGAGUGCGGCUCACUCGGCCUCAAGGAGAUACCACAGGGCAUUGCUCAAGGGACACAGACCAUCUUCCUGCAGGACAACGCUGUCGGUCAGAUCCGAGCAGAAGACCUGUCUGGCCUGACUCAUCUGCACUACCUGUAUCUGCAGAACAACAGCAUCCUAACUCUAGAAGCCAGUUCCUUCAGGAGUCUGGGCCAGCUGCUGGAGCUCGCACUGAAUGGUAAUCAUCUCCAUCUGAUCCCCGCAGAUGCUUUCUAUGGCCUCGAGCACCUGCGCAUCCUCUACCUGGCAGGAAACCACAUCGCACGGUUGGAGGACUACACCUUCCGUGGACUGCAGCGUCUGCAGGAGCUGCACCUACAGGAGAACACAAUGGAGGUGCUGGAUAAGCAGGCUUUGGUGGGACUGUCCUCUCUGGCCCUGCUGGAUCUCAGCAAGAAUAACCUGCGAACGCUAAGCGCCGCUAUACUCGAACCUCUUAUUAGCUUGCAGGUGCUGCGCAUUACAGAUAACCCAUGGCGCUGUGACUGUGCCCUCCACUGGCUCCAAGGCUGGAUAAACACAGAAGGGCAGCGGUUGCUCAGCUCAUCUGAGCGCAGGCUGCUUUGCUCCGAGCCGCCACGCCUCUCCCACCUCAGCCUGGUGGAAGUUCCAGGCAAUAGUCUGGUGUGCAUUCCGCCCGCUGUGCAACUCGAGCCGAGAGAGCUGAGCGUACGCUUGGGUGAGAGCAUCCGAGUGUCCUGCCAGGCAUCCGGCUAUCCGCAGCCUCAGGUCACCUGGAAGAAGGUGUCUUACGGCAGGGCUCAGAGGCCGGUGACACCCAAGCCUGCCAUCAGUGGUGGCAUCAUUGGAAGCCGGGGUCCAAUACAAGACAGGGAUAGAGACAAAUUUGACCGUGACACGGGCAGCGGAAUGUUGUUUCUGAGUAAUGUCACCGUGGCACAUGCUGGACGCUACGAAUGCGAGGCUUGGAAUCCAGGAGGGGUGGCACGAGUGACCUUCCACCUUGCUAUCAACAUGUCUUCCUCUUUGUCCUCUUGGCCUCGUGUGCACUCGUCCUCCUCCUCCACAUACCACAAUCCCUCCACAGGGGACGUCAGUCAGGAGCCAUUGUAUGAGCUAGAGAGCAUGGACUUUAAUGCCUUAGGCACGGCCACACAGACAGCGAUCGCUGUGGGAAUCUCGCUGUUGGCGCUUACCGCCUUGCUGCUGCUGUGCAUGAUCUACAGCCGCCACAGGCAGCGCCAGAAAGAGGAUGGCAGCUACGGCAAGGAGGAGAGCAUCCUCUAUGUCAACGACUAUUCGGACGGACCCACAACGUUUGCACAGCUGGAGGAGUUUCGGGAUGAGCGUGGCCACGAGAUGUACGUGCUAAACCCAGUCAAGCCUGUAUUUCCUCCUCCUCCUGUCCCCAACCAGCAGACAAGAGAGAUACUCCAGGGUCAGGGCACUCAGACGACUGGAAUUGGACCUCGCAGGGCUCCAGCAGAGGGAAUUGAGGGUCCGCCUCCAGACCCUGAGGGACUGUUUAUAAACCAGAGUCUGCUGUUUGACACACAGAUUGCAUAUGAGAUCCACUGCUAGAUAAAAGGACGGAGAGGAGGAACGUCGGGAUGAACGGUGAAAGCAGGCAAGUUG